AGUUUUUAAAAGAAAAUGGCGGCAAAACCAGAAAACACGUCUUUAAAAGAACUCUUUGAAAGGGCAUCAGCUUUACAAGAGAACAUYGAAAAUAGCGAUGAACCAAGUAAUUCAGAUAAUUUACAGAAAAAUAUUUCUCUUGCACUGGAAUGGCUGGCCGAAWCAACGGAAAUGAUUAACAAGAUUGGACUCUUUAGUACUAAUGAAGAACUAGAAGAAGUUGCUACAGCUGAUUUAAGGUACUUCCUCUUACCAGCUCUUUCUGGUGAUCUCAUUCUACGUCAGUUAUCAAAUGACAGAAUAUCAAAUGUGAAAAUUGCAAAGAUAUAUUUUAUAGAUUUUUUCAAGAGAUGUAAAGAUUAUGGAAUUACUGACCAGGACAUUGUACAGUUAUCAGAAGCUAACACAGCRCUAUUACCUGGAGCAGAAGGUCUAAAGCAAAUGGCAAAAUCACGUGAGGAAAAAAUUAGAAGAUACAAAGAACAAAAACAACAGGAAAAUAGACUUCUGGAGUUAAAAAAGCAUUUAGAUGGAAAAGGUUCAAAAACUUCAGAUGAUGAAACACAGAGAGAAUAUUACCUGUUGUUGAUCAAGACCUGGAUUAACAAAUCUUCAGAGCAUCUUGCAAGUAUAAAAGAUGAACUUGAAAUUUUGGAACACAUGGAAAAAAUGAAAAUAGGGAAUGUGAAGAAAGAUGAAAGUCAACCUCAGAGAAAGCCAAUGAAGCCGAUUUUACUUACAAAAGAAAGUAUUAAGGCGAAGGUUUUUGGAGCUGGAUAUCCAAGUAUACCGACCAUGUCUCAGGAAGAAUUUCUUGAAAAAGAAAUAAGAGAAGGAAAGGUUGUCUUGGAUUACGAAACGGCAGCCGCACAAAAGUCUAACGAAGAGCUUGAAGAAAACGACGACGACAAAGACGAGAAUUCAGAAGAACUCUACAAAGCGCGGGCGAUGGACGAUUGGAAAGAUGAUCAUCGUAGAGGUUGGGGUAAUCGAGAGAACAUGGGAUGAAAGAUGCCAAGAUUCAGCCGGAUUAAACUAACACCUCCCCCCUUAGGAACCGCGUCAGUAAUCCCCUAAACACAAAAGCAAUGACAACAKUAUUGAAUUGAAAUACGUUUAUUGAAAUUCAUUCACAUGUAAAUACAUUAAAACAACAACCUACCAAUCAAGACUCGAAACCACARAAUGUGGGAGUCUCAUAAAUAUGCAUGAGUUGUCUGCCCACCUGAAACACAAGGAGACAAAUGGUAAGAACUCAUUACACGAGUAGCAGGAUCAAAAUGAAUUGAACAUACAGAAUACAAAUAAAGAUCUAAAGUUAAACAAUUCUAAUAAAAUUAUAAUUGGGAAGGGUUGGACACAGAGUGAACACAUUUAAACAGUGAAUUUUUUWAAAAAAUAGCACAAAUUUGUACUAAAUCUCUAACUAAAGUGGAAUAUUCUUUGAAUUCUCAUUGUGAGCACAUUACUUAAUUUCACAAAAUAGUACAGAGGCUACCUGAUUAAAUUUCAAAGUUAAAGUUA